AUGGUCGGAGUCAAACGCCGCGUCGACACCGGCGACGAUCGCAAAGGGAAGCGGACGAAGACGAAGACCGCCGUCUCGACCAAGGGCAAGUCCGCGCCGGUGAAAGCACAAAAGGGCUCGAAGAGCGCUACGAAUGGCAAGGAUGUGAAGGGUAGCAAGAAGGAUAAGAAGGCUCUGAAGAAGAAGGCUGUGGAGGAAGAAGAGGACGACGAAAUUUCUGAAGAUGAUUUUGAUGUCGACGAUAUCGAGGACUCGGAGAUUGAGGAUGUGGAAGACGAUGUCGAUAUGGAUGAUGUCGAUGUGGAGGACGAUGAGGAUGAGAGUGAUGAGAAUAAGGAAGAAUACAAGGAUAAGAAGAAGGUGAACUCCAAGGCUCAGGAGGAUGAGGAGGCGAAAAAAACAUCUUCCCGCGAAUCGCAUAUCAAACAGAAAGCCCUCCUGCAAGAGCGCAAAGCCGCAAAACCCAACGCCGACCAGAUUGCGAGAUCAAAGAAGUUAUGGGAGCGCUUGCGCCGAAAGUCGCACGUCCCCCUAAAAGAGAGAAAAAAGCUCAUUGCGGAGCUGUUCGAUAUUAUAACGGGCCGAGUGAAGGACUUUGUCUUCAAGCACGACUCUGUCCGUGUCAUCCAGACGGCGCUGAAAUACGCCAACGUUGAGCAGAGGAAGCAGAUUGCGCACGAGCUAAAGGGUAGCUAUGUUGAGUUGGCACAGAGCAAAUACGCCAAAUUCCUGAUUGGCAAGCUAAUUGUGCACGGUGACUCCGAGAUCCGGGAUUUGAUCAUCGCUGAGUUUUACGGCAAAGUCAAGCGGUUGAUUCGGCACCCGGAGGGAUCGUGGAUUCUUGACGAUAUUUACCGGACCGUAGCGACGCAAGAACAACAGGCGAACCUGCUUAGGGAGUGGUACGGCGCCGAGUUCGCCAUCUUCAGGGACAACAAUACAAAAGACAAAAAACCCACUGCGGACCUUUCCAAGAUUCUAGAAGAAGACCCAGCCAAGCGUUCACCUAUCAUGCACUUCCUCCUCGAACUCAUAAACCAGCUUAUUCAAAAGAAGACAACAGGAUUCACAAUGCUUCACGAUGCCAUGCUGCAAUACUUCUUAAAUGUGAAACCAGGCACCUCGGAUGCCACGGAAUUCAUCGAGCUGAUUAAGGGUGACGAGGAAGGCGACCUUGUUAAAAAUCUAGCUUUCACCAAAUCCGGCGCUCAUCUCAUGUGCCUCGCUCUCGCUUAUUCUACCGCAAAGGACCGUAAACACCUCACCCGCUUUUACAAGGACACCAUUAAGAUGAUGGCCGGUGAUCUGCAUGGGCACCUCGUCCUUCUCGCCGCCUACGAAGUCAUCGACGACACAAAGCUCACGGCGAAACUCAUCUUCCCCGAACUCCUAAACCAGAAUAUCGCUGAUGAGGAAGCUCGCAACGAGGAACUCCUCUACCAGUCCACAGACCUGACAGCACGCAUUCCGAUCUUAUACCCCUUCGCCAGUGAUCCUAACAACACGAACACCAAGAGAUUAAAAUGGCUCCUCCCAGAGCAAGACUUUGCCAUCCUCGAUGAAAUUCGCUCUAUUCGCAAAGAGACCUCAAAAAAGGACCCUGCCGUCCGCCGCAUGGAGCUCAUCAAAGCAGCCUCCCCGACCCUCCUUGAUCUCAUCACCGCCCGCGCAGAGUCACUCCUCACCACAAGUUUCGGGUGCCAAUUCCUCUCGGAAGUGCUCUUCGACGCCGAUGAUAGCGAUGGAAAGAAACACACGGCUCUAUCUGCUGUCGCAACUGCCGCGAAAUCCCGCUCUGACACGAAGGACUCACCGUUUGUCGGCCGAAUGCUGAAAUCGCUUGUUCAGGGUGGACGGUUCAAUGUGACGGAGAAGAAGGUUGAGAAGGUCAGCCCGCCACUAGGCUUUGAUGCGCUAUUUUAUGAGCAGAUCAGUGAUGAGAUUAUGGCGUGGGCGACAGGGUCGAAUGUUUACGUUAUUGUUGCGUUGGUGGAGAGCGAGGACUUUGAGAAGAAGAAUGAGCUUAUCAAGGCGCUGAAGAAGGGGAAGAAGGACCUUGAGACUGCAGCGAAGGGAGAGAAGGGGCCUACUGCCAGUGGAGCCAAGUUAUUGUUGGAGAAGAUUGCGUAGGAUGGGGUACCAUUUAUUUUUGAUCAUCUAUUAUUUCCCCUUAUUGUAGUACAGAAAAGCAUACCUUUUAUCCAUACUGUCUAGAUACG